AUGCCGUCCCGUGCCAAGAAGUACGGACAAUCCUGCCUUAGUUGUCGACAGCGCAAGAUUCGUUGCGAUUUAGGCAGGCCAGCUUGUGCAAAAUGUAUGCGGAUCAAGGAAUGCUGUGUCUACAGUGCCCAUGAUUCCACAGUAACCCGGCUGCAGAAUGCUUUGGCCACAUCAGAGCAACGUUUUUUGGAGCUAGAACGAGAUCUCCAGGGCUUGUUGCUGCUUGAGCCUGCUCAAUGUCGAGACGCGCUUCGGACUGUCACAGAGAGCUUCGGUCAGAGGCUUUAUGAGGCUCGCAAGGGCGAGCAUGAGCAUUCCGGGACCCCAGAUCGCACGUCCAAUCAUGGGUCGGUCAACUAUCUUGACGGUCAUCAGCCUGGUCAGCAUACCCCGGCCAACGACGAAGGGAGCACGGACGAGGAGGAGAAUGAAGAGGGCGCGACUUCAAGAUUUCACAUCGAGGAACACGACUCCAACGCCGAGCAAGACCAACGCCCAAGCUACGAUGAUCCCGCACAGAUCGAAUAUCAUAAACGCUGGCUGACUUCGAACGCGCGGUUCCACAAAUCUUUCGAGCAAAUGGCAUAUGCUGGUUUGCACAACGAUGAUUAUAUUGAUGCAGAGACUGCCAAGAUACUCCUGAGUAUGUACUGGAUGUGGCAAGGUCCCUUGCAUAACUGCGUCUAUCGUCGAAGCUUCUUCCGAGAUAUGGUGUUAAAGGGCCCAUACUUUUCUGAUUUCCUUGUUAAUCGACACGAGAUACGCGACACUUCUCCAAGGCGAGCCAUUUCUCGACCGAGCAAACUGUUUCUUCUUGAUGAGCUGAAAAAAGACAGACCAGCUAUUCCGACGAUCCAGGGUCUCCUGAUUCUUGGUGGACGACAGUGUGCAGUUGGCAGGAACAGUGAAGGUUGGUUAUACACUGGCAUGGCCAUCCGUAUGAUCAAAGACUUGGGUCUCCACCUUCCACGACGCUUGCGAUUGGCAACCACGGAGCCGGACGACCUUGAGACCUGGAAGCGUGUGUACCUUUCCGCCUACGUCUGGGACAAGUCAAUCAGUUUGUGCUUGGGCAGGCCGCCAUCAUUGACAACCAUGCUAUACCCGCUGGAUUGUCUUUAUGACCAUACUGAUGACCAGGAACUAUGGCAACCGUUCUACCUGGGUGGCUUGGAGUCAAUCUAUGCAUCCACUCCUUGCUACAACACCACAACAUUCUCCCAUUUCGUUAGGUUGUCGAUGAUCGUCAACGAUGCGUUCGAUACCGUCUUCGGUUCUCGUUCCCGAAAAUUCGUCUUCUCUCGAUUGAAGCACAUCGAGCAGAGGUUGUACGAGUUCUAUCGGACACUUCCAACGGAACUUCAAAUGAACGAAAGCCUGGCCAGCUCAGGCUACCCACCUCCGCACAUAUGUUGCUUGAAUAUCUUAUAUCAUACAAUGUACAUCCUGAUCUAUCGGCCUUACUUCCUGAAUAAAGGCCUCGGACCCAGCCGCGACGAUGCUUUGCUCGAGCACGCGGCCACAGUGUGUACUCGAGAAGCGACCGCUGUCAACAAGAUCUUCCAAGCCUACGGGCGGGCUUUCGCCAAUAAAAGACAGACCUACUUGCUCUCAUAUUGCGUAUAUACCGCCGCCACGAUCGAGGUCAAGCAGGUGGGUGACCCAGACCCUGCAAUAUCACGGGCCGCUGUGGAGCGCCUUGCAACGACUCUGGCUAUGCUCGAGGAGGAAGCCAAGCAGACGCCUGGGAUCCGGAGAAGUAUCGAAAUCAUCAGAAUGCGUCUUCAAAAGCAGCGACAAUCGUCUCAGACAGUCGAAAUGGCUCGCACUCAGCAAGAAACGAUCGCUGCUGCGGCCAUGAACGCCCUACCGACCGUGUCCGGAGAUUUGGGGCCCCCACAGCUACAAUACGAAGCGCAUGGUGGGGAUACAUCAAACGCUCACGCAUAUGGCACUCAUGGCAUGCCCACCUUGGGAAAUGACCACAAUCAUACAGCCUCAAUGGAUGCUUUGUCCCAAUGGCCGGUCAGUGAGGGUUCUUUUGACUUAUGGAACAUUCCUACACCGGACGUGAGUGGAGGCUUCGUGCCAGAUAGCUUGAGCUGGUAUACCAUGAUAGAGUGA